AUGACAACGCCCGACUUGCACGUGACGCCCGCGCCGAGUGUGGAGCAGGAGACGGACGAGACGCCCGACCAGGAGUCGCCGUUGACGCCUUUGGUGCCCACCCCGGAGGUCGCCACCGAUGCGUCCACGGACGGUGACGUUGCGUCGACGCCCGCACCGACGAUGGCAACGCCCGACUUGCACGUGACGCCCGCGCCGAGUGUGGAGCAGGAGACGGACGAGACGCCCGACCAGGAGUCGCCGUUGACGCCAUGGAUGCCCACCCCGGAGGUCGCCACCGAUGCGUCCACGGACGGUGACGUUGCGUCCACGCCCGCACCGACGAUGGCAACGCCCGACUUGCACGUGACGCCCGCGCCGAGUGUGGAGCAGGAGACGGACGAGACGCCCGACCAGGAGUCGCCGUUGACGCCAUGGAUGCCCACCCCGGAGGUCGCCACCGAUGCGUCCACGGACGGUGACGUUGCGUCCACGCCCGCACCGACGAUGGCAACGCCCGACUUGCACGUGACGCCCGCGCCGAGUGUGGAGCAGGAGACGGACGAGACGCCCGACCAGGAGUCGCCGUUGACGCCAUGGAUGCCCACCCCGGAGGUCGCCACCGAUGCGUCCACGGACGGUGACGUUGCGUCCACGCCCGCACCGACGAUGACAACGCCCGACUUGCACGUGACGCCCGCGCCGAGUGUGGAGCAGGAGACGGACGAGACGCCCGACCAGGAGUCGCCGUUGACGCCUUUGGAUGCCCACCCCGGAGGUCGCCACCGAUGCGUCCACGGACGGUGA